AGAGCCCGGAAAAGAGCCGAGGGUGGAGCCAGCUCCAACGUCUUCUCCAUGUUUGAUCAGUCCCAGAUCCAAGAAUUUAAAGAGGCCUUCACCAUCAUGGACCAGAACCGGGAUGGCUUCAUCGACAAGGAGGACCUGAGAGACACCUUUGCUGCACUGGGCCGCGUCAAUGUCAGGAAUGAGGAGCUGGAGGCCAUGGUGAAGGAGGCCCCUGGGCCCAUCAAUUUCACGGUCUUCCUGACCAUGUUUGGGGAGAAGCUGAAGGGCACAGACCCGGAGGAGACCAUUCUCCAUGCCUUCAAAGUGUUCGACACUGAGGGGAAAGGCUUCAUCAAGGCUGAUUUCAUCAAGGAGAAGCUUAUGACCCAGGCAGACAGGUUCAGUGAGGAAGAGAUCAAGCAGAUGUUUGCAGCUUUUCCACCAGAUGUGUGUGGUAACCUGGACUACAGGAACCUGUGCUAUGUCAUCACCCACGGUGAAGAGAAGGACUAG